AUGCAGCGGAGGCACGAGUCCACCGCGGCCGUCAGCACCAAUCCCAAGAUUGUCGGAAUCGUCGAGCAAAUCAGUCAAUUGACUCUCCUCGAAACUGCCGAUCUUGUAUCUAGCCUGAAGUCGCGACUCAACAUCCCCGACCUCCCAGUAGGCGGGUUCGCUGCCCCGCCAGCCCACGCAGCCGCACCUGCAGAAGAAGAAGAGCCGGCGCCCGCCGCGCAGGAGAAGUCGCUGUUCAGCGUGAAGUUGAUGUCGUUCGAGGCCGGCUCCAAGCCCAAGAUCAUCAAGGAGGUCAAGAAUCUGCUGGGCCUGUCGCUGGUGGAGAGCAAGAAGUUCGUCGAGGCUGCGCCCAAGAUGAUGAAGGAGAGCGUGCCCAAGGACGAGGCGGAGAAGAUAAUGGCGACCAUGAAAGACCUGGGGGCUGUGGUUGCCAUGGAAUAA